CGCCUUGUUUUUGUGGAGGGGAGAGAACGCUUCUCUCUCUCUCUCUCUAAACUGCCUCUUUUUUACUCUCUCUCUCUAAACUCCCUCUCAUUCUUUCUCUCUCUAAACUCCCUCUCCUUCUCUCUCUGUCUAUCUCUAUUUGUUUCUCUCUCCGUAUUUGGUUUGUGUGUGUCUCUCUCUCUAUAGACAUUUGAUCGCCUGAAAUCUGACGUGGGGACCAGCUCGGCGAUGGGAAUUCCGGUGGGGUUUGGCAGUGUCAGGGACUGGUGAUGGAGGUUUCUCUGUCUAAUGGAAUUCGAUGCGGAAAUUCCGAUUUCACGAGCAACAGUGACCCAGGAAACCUCCUUGUCUGGUUCCAUGGAUGAAGAUGCAUUAUGGCAAAUGAGUUUGAGAUCCAGCGAAACAAUGGACUCCGGACCUUAUCCCGUGCGUGAAGGAGAGCCGGACUGUUCUUAUUACAUCAGAACUGGCCUAUGUAGAUUUGGGGCAACAUGCCGAUUUAAUCAUCCUCCUAACAGGAAACUGGCUAUUGCCACUGCAAGGAUGAAGGGAGAGUACCCAGAAAGAAUGGGACAACCUGAAUGUCAGUACUUCUUGAAGACAGGUACUUGCAAAUUUGGAGCCACGUGCAAGUUUGAUCAUCCUAGAGACAAGGCUGGAAUUGCUGGAAGAGUUUCUUUAAAUAUUUUAGGCUAUCCACUUCGACCGAAUGAGAACGAGUGUGCAUAUUAUUUGAGAACUGGGCAAUGCAAGUUUGGAAGCACUUGUAAAUUCCAUCAUCCUCAACCAUCUAAUAUGAUGGUCUCAUUGCGUGGUUCUCCUAUUUAUCCUCCUGUCCAUUCUUCAACAUCUCCUGGUGAGCAAUCGUAUCCGGGAGGAAUGGCAAACUGGUCCUUGUCGAGAGCUUCUUUUAUUCCUAGCCCACGCUGGCAAGGCCCUUCAAGUUAUGCGCCUUUGAUUGUACCUCAGGGAAUGGUAUCAGUCCCAGGAUGGAAUGCAUACAGUGGUCAGCUGGGUUCAGUUUCGUCUUCGGAGGGCCAGCAGCAAACAGUGGGAAACAGUCCGCUUUACGAGACUUCACCCCAAGGUGAAGCAGCAAAUGCAGGAUCUCAAGGGACAUUUUCCCCGUACCGUUCUGGCUCUUUACCUAUGGGGUACUACGCGUUGCAGAGGGAGAAUGUAUUUCCUGAGAGACCUGGCCAACCUGAAUGCCAAUUUUACAUGAAGACUGGAGAUUGCAAGUUCGGUGCAGUUUGUCGCUUCCAUCACCCAAGAGAAAGACUGAUUCCUGCUCCAGAUUGUGUCUUGAGCCCACUUGGCCUUCCUUUACGUCCUGGAGAACCCUUAUGCAUUUUCUAUUCUCGUUAUGGUAUCUGCAAAUUUGGUCCAAGUUGCAAAUUUGACCACCCUAUGGGAGUUUUUGCAUAUAAUCUCUCUCCAUCAUCUUCAGCUGAUACACCGGUUGUUCGCCGAUUGUUGGGGUCGUCCUCAGGAACUGGUGCAUUAACUUUGUCUUCCGAAGGCCUUGUUGAAGCAGGCUCAGCAAAGCCCAGGCGACUUUCACUGUCAGAGUCAAGGCAGAUGCCUCCUGCUGGUGAUGAUAUCAACACAGAGGGAUGACUUCUCUCUCAAAAAAUGUGCCAUUAAUCAUCUAUAAAUUCAUUUCCCAUUGCUGGAGAUGUACAGAAUUCGUGUCUUCUGAAAAUGCAUUCAGUAGACGUGCUCGACUCCUCUGAACUUCACUUUGCUGCAUUGUAUAAAUCUGCAAAAAUUGUUGCAUUUGGUAAAAUCCAAUGCAAACAUUUCAUCUGUUAUGAAAGCCCAUCUUUCUGUUUUACAUGAAAUGAGUUUUUUUUCCAGUA